ACCAAUAUGCACUUCGCUCUUAAAGUCAUCAACCUGGCUAUGGUGAAGGAGGAUAAGAUUGAUCAGCUCAAGAACGAAAUUGAGAUUUUAAAAACACUGGAUCACAAAAAUAUUAUCAAGGCGUUCGAAACUUUUCAAAUGAGAGCCAACAAAAAGCUAAUGAUAGUGAUGGAGCUAUGUACGGGGGGUGAUUUAUUUGCGAGGUUACCCUACAGUGAGCGACACGCUACUGUUUGCAUUAAACAAAUUUUGUCUGCCAUUUCUUACAUGCAC